UACAUCUCACUGCCCAAUAAAUUCAUUCUCUCAUUCUUCAAAAAAAAAUAAAAAAUCAUUCUCUCUCAUUUAUAAAUUACCAAUUUUUUGUCACUAAUUUUCCAUCCCUGAAAAUAAUUAAAAAAAAUAAAAAUUCAGUAGCUAAAAAUCAUGAGUUUUGUUGAUGAAGAAACAAUAGUAGACUCUCUCUCUAAAGAUUCUCUGUUUUCAGCAAUUAUCACUCUCUACACAAUCCUGCUCAUCUACUCCCCUUCUCUUCUUCUCCGAUUUUUUUUCUCCCCCGUUUUUUUUUCCACCUUGAUUCUGCUGCUUUACCUUCUCAGAUUGGGCGCCGUUCAGAAUUCCGCGCCUGCACCGAUUGGAUCCGAUUCCGGCGACUCUUUGCCGCUGCACAAUUGGGCAUCUAAUCACAACCCGCACCGAUUUUAUGAGGAAUCGUUCGUCGAAUGGGACGUCAGAGCGCCGCUAGAGGUUAUAUAUGAGGAAUACGGCGAGGGCGAAGAUGCUCGCGAAAACGACGCCGUUUCCGAGGCUAAGAAGAAAUCGGAUAUGAAUAUUAUCCAGAGAUAUGCUUCCUUGUCGUUGUAUUACCCGGAAUCCGACAGCGAUUGUUCGUCCGAUGGUGAUUCCCCGACCGACGGAGGCUGGGAUGAAGACGAUAGAGAGGGUUUGAUAGAGAUUGCGUUGGAUGGGAAGAGGAACGGCGAGGUCGAUGAAGAGAAUUUGAUUGAGAUUGAUCUUUUUCCGGCGAGAUGACGUGGAAUUCCGGUACAGUUUUAUCUCAAUUUUAUAUUUUUUUUUGUAAAUUCAAACUAUAAUUAAUUACUAAAAGGAGAGACUUUUUUCU